CGGCAGGUUAGACCAGAUCGUUGUUGUUGUUGAGUGGUGUGUAUUUGAUGCGGCCUUAAUGCGUUUCGUGUUUACAAUCUGAUCCGAUAUAUGGAUUAGAUGUUGGCAGACCGCAUUUUACACCACUAACGUUCACCGCGAAUCAAAAACAAUUAUAUUCAAAAGCUGUCGGAAUUUCCUCAGCGCGACCCGUUUCCAACGAAUAUGGAGGUGGAAAAGAUGUCUUCCGAGUUUGUGAGGCUCACGGUAACGACCGAAGGUUCCGAUCUUGGAUGCGAGCGGGCUUUCAAUCGUAACAUCACCGUAGGCGAGCUAAAACAGCGGCUAGAAUUGUUAACUGGUGCUGCCUACAAUCGCAUGAAGCUAGAGCUACGUAACAAAGAAUCACCUAACCAACUGCUAGAAGCACUUAAUGAAGAUGAUAGAAAAAUCGGUGACUACCCCGCGAUGGACACUGGCCUGCUUCUCAAAGUGAUCGAUCCCUCUAUGGGCAUUUUUGACGAAGUGGACGCGGUUGAAAAGAUGAAAAUUUCAGAAGAUAGAUAUGCCCAAGUGAAUAACGUUCGAAGUUUUAUGCAACAACAUGGUUUAGGACGGUUUUCGAAUAAGACGGUUAACGAAUCAAACAAGACGGAUAAGGAAAAUUUAAAGGAAAUCGAGGUCGGAAAGCGCUGUGAGGUACGUACUAAAGGAACCCCUGCUCGUCGCGGAGAAGUCAAGUACAUUGGAGAGAUUUGUCUGAAACCCGGUGUGACCUUUAUCGGAGUCUGCCUUGAUGAACCAUUGGGAAAGAACGAUGGUACUGCGGGUGAGGUGCGAUAUUUCAAAUGCGAACCUAAGCAUGGCGUCUUUGUAAGACCGGCUGACAUUGAGGUGGGCAAUUUCCCGGAAAUAUCGCUCGAGGACGAACUGGACGAAAUCUGAUUUUAACCGGCCUCGUCGACCGCGAUGCCAACAACUGCUGAAUCCAACGUCUAGAAAUCGGCUUCAGCCCCAGAUAGCGCAGUGGAGUUCUUAAUUUAGAAAGGAUUGAUGCAUCGAUUCGAAAACGGAUCUAACCAAUAAUUAACACUUCGAACCUAGGAGUUAAGCGAAGCGAACAGUCAUCCUUAAUGAUGUAAUAUAAGUUCAAAUUAAAUUCAACCCUUAAAGAGAGUCAAUUUAAUUCAGUAACGACUGAAGGCUUUAAACUGAUUUUAGUUCAGGCGGGCAUUAGGUUAAGUAAAA